AUGCUGCCAUCAUAUUCGUCCUCCGGCUCCAAGGUGGUGCCGAGGCACCAUGCGGGUGGAUAUGCUGCCAGCAACGGGUAUCCGAGGAAUAAGGACUUCUCCUUCGACAUGUCACCACACCGAUUUCAACCACGAGGGACGACACCAGCAGCCCGACGGCGGCGACGACUAUUGAUAAGACUCGGCAUAAUACUGGCUGUUGCGUUCCUAAUCGGCAUAUUCGUAUGGCCUGGCGGAGGGGUAUCGCUUGCAUCGCUAUUCUCGUUCGGCCUGAUCUCAGGAGGGGAGGAUUUCCAACUCGAAACUGUGCGGUACUACGACUUGUCCAACGUUCAGGGGACCGCCCGCGGCUGGGAGCGCGAAGAACGCAUCCUCCUAUGCGUGCCACUCCGCGAAGCCGAGAACCACCUGCCGAUGUUCUUCUCCCACCUACACAACCUCACAUACCCGCACCACUUGAUAGACCUUGCUUUCUUGGUCUCGGACUCGCAAGAUCGCACACUGGAGGUGUUGACAGAAAGCCUGGAAUCAUUACAGGCUGAGGAGGACCCCAAAAUGCCAUAUGGCGAAAUAUCUGUCAUUGAAAAGGACUUUGGGCAAAGCGUCAACCAGGAUGCCGAAAGUCGACACGGUUUUGCAGCGCAGGCGAGCAGGAGAAAGCUGAUGGCCCAGGCAAGGAAUUGGCUUCUCAGUGCUGCUCUGCGGCCCUACCACUCAUGGGUCUACUGGAGGGACGUCGACGUAGAGACUGCCCCUUUUACCAUCCUCGAAGAUCUAAUGCGCCACAACAAGGACGUCAUCGUUCCAAAUGUUUGGCGGCCGCUUCCAGAAUGGCUCGGCGGAGAGCAGCCAUACGAUCUAAACUCAUGGCAGGAGUCGGAGACUGCUUUGGCGCUGGCGGAUACCUUGGACGAGGAUGCUGUCAUCGUUGAAGGAUACGCCGAGUAUGCGACAUGGCGGCCCCACUUGGCUUACUUGCGAGACCCCUACGGAGAUCCAGAUAUGGAAAUGGAGAUUGAUGGAGUGGGAGGUGUCAGCAUUUUGGCCAAAGCCCGUGUAUUCCGAUCCGGCGUCCACUUCCCGGCCUUCAGCUUCGAGAAACAUGCAGAGACCGAGGGCUUUGGAAAGAUGUCCAGGCGCAUGGACUACUCUGUUGUCGGCUUGCCGCACUAUACUAUCUGGCAUCUGUACGAACCCAGUGUUGAUGAUGUUAAGCGCAUGGAGGAAAUGGAGGCGGAGAAGAAGGCCGCGGAGGAAGAAGAGAGGAAGAAGAAAGAGAAAGAGGCCAAGAUCAAGGAGGAGUUCAGCUUCAGUGAUGCCAAGGCCCAGUGGGAGAAGGACAAGGAGACUAUCGCCAAGAAUCAGGAAAGACAGGCGGCUGAUUCUGCCGAAAAGCCACGGAAGUCUUCGAAGCCCGCCAACAAGGUCGAGAAAGUCCCUCAUGGCAGUGACACAUAA